UAAUAAAAGAUUCCAUAGAAGCUUCAAAUCGACCUUUUUUCUGUGCCAUUGGAAAGAAUUCCAAAUCUUAGAACCAAAACAUGCGUCUGCAAAACUUCCUCAAAACCCUGAAAACCGUUAAAAGAGGUCACCCUCCAAACCUAGCCCCUAAACCCAAGCAAGCAAUAACAGAAAUAAUCUCCAAAACCCUAAACCUCUCAGCUCCCAACGCCUUCCUCUCCAAUCUCAACCCCACCACGCUUCUCCAUGUUCUCACAGACCCAGAUCUUAAAUCCUCGAAAUGCUUGCGUUUCUUCGAGUUUCUCCUUCAGAACCAAUCUCUCAUAUCCUUCAAGCCUGACCUCGAAGCCCACUUGACCCUAACUUGCAGGCUUCUCAGGGAGAGAAGGUUCUCGGAUGCCGAGAAAACCAUUAAAUUUGUCUCGGUUGGCGAAAAUUCCAGGUACCCAUUCUCUGUUAUUGCUCCUGGAGUUGGGAAUUGCUGCAGUGAUCCAAAAGUUAUGGCGAAGUUUUUCAACUCUAUGCUUAAGGUUUAUUCUGAUUGCAAAAUGGUCGACGUAGUUUCGGAAGUUUUCGAUUAUAUGAAAAACAAUGGAAUUGGAAUCGAUGAGAAGACGUGUACCGUACAUUUACUUGCCCUUAGAAGUUCUGAUCAUGUGCAAUUGGGUUUAGAUUUCUUUUAUCGAAUGGUGGAGUCGGGCAUUGAGGUUUCUGUGUAUUCUUUGACAGCGGUGGUGGAUGGGCUGUGCAGGAGUGGAAAUGUCAAGAGGGGCAGGGAGUUGGUGGAGGAGAUGAUUGGUAGAGGAAUUAAACCCAAUGCUGUUACGUUCAAUGUAAUGGUGGAUGCUUGUGCGAAGAGAUGGAAUCUUGGGGAGUUGGAUAUGGUUUUGCUUUUGAUGGAGAAGGAAGGGGUGGCAUUCAAUGAUCACACAUACAAGAUUUUGAUCGAUGGGCUCACGAGUUUUGGCAAGGUCGACGAAGCCAAAAGGUUGGUUUUGGAGAUGCAUGAUAAAGGUUUCAAAGUGGACACGUAUUUGUACAAUUUGAUCAUUAAUGGGUAUUGUAGAUUGGGGGCUAUGGAAAGUGCGGUUUCCCUGUUCGAUGAAAUGACCCAGAGAAGUGCUUUUCGUAAUGCUGAUACGUACUGGGCCCUGAUAAGUGGUCUUUGCAAGGCUGAAGAAAUGGGGCUGGCAAUGGCAUACGUGAAUGAGAUGCAAACCAAAGAGAUAGAACUACACAACAUCAUGUUUAAUACGUUGAUUGAUGAGUUUUGCAACACAGGGAUGGUGGUUCAAGCUUUUGAGUUGCAAGUUUUGAUGGAGAAGAAAGGAUUAAUUGCUGAUUUAACUGUGUGUGGGAAGAUAGUGAGUGGAUUAUGUAAGUUGAAUAGGGCCGAGGAAGCAAAGAGGCUACUGAACUUGAUGGUUAAAAGGGGUGCAACCCCAGAAAUUGCGAGGUUCACUAAUUGAAUUGAUAUUGAAGAUAUUUGUUCUGGUGGUAGGGAAAGGGCUGUUUCAGAGGAUGGAGCAAUGGGCACGAGUUCUAACAUUCAGUGGUUUGAUGAGAUGACAGACAAGGGUUUUAUGCUCGACUGGACUCUUAUUUUUAGAGAGAUCAGUUACAGAAAACUCUUCCCUACAUGGCAAAGUUUUGAGGCUUGUCAAAGGACUGGAGGUCAGAUGAAGCACUAGAAAGAAAUGUGUGAUGACUGUAGAGGUGUGCUGAAGAUAGACAUCUCUGCGCAAUAGAGGAUAUUUUUUUAGAAGCAUAUCCCUCUGGGUAGUUGCAGUAUCUGCCCUGGAUAGGGUAAGAGUAUAAUGGGAUGAACAGCUACUACACAAGGAAAAGGAUGUUUAAAUAAAAUGGAUAAUAUUUAUUUCAGGGUUGAGAUUUAAAGUUAGUACAUUAAAAGAUGUGUUAAUGUACCAACUUUAAAAGGGCCAUCUCACAAGCAACGUAAGUCGUAAGUUGUAAAGGAUGGUCAAUGGCCGAGCAUGUUGGCACCUUUCCUCGGGUUACGUAGAUUCUUGUUUCAGCGAGAACAGUCAUUUUAUACAAAGCUGGGGUUUGUUAUCUUACAUGGCUCGUGAAAUCUGCGGAGGUUUAAGGUUGCUGCUGUCGGAGAGAGGCUGAUGGAGAUAUUAACCAAGGUGGAGGAGCUCCAUAUAGGGAUGGGAUUGCAGCUUGCUCCUGGAAAAAGUUUAUGGGCAUGGGGGAUACUACAAAGUACAACGGAAAAUGACGGUUUGACCUUCGAUGCCAGGCUUUGCUUGGUGAUAUCAGAUUUUCCGUUGUCUCGUUUUUAUAUUUUCAUAAUCAGAUAUCUCUGCUUUGUCAAUCAUAUUUGUUCGUCUUUUUUGUGCGUUUUUUUUUUUU